GGUUGCCAAUGAGCUUCGUCGAAUAGCAGAGGGGCAGGUCUAGCCCUUAAAGGAGCCGCUACCCGUUAGCAGACGCGAGUAUGAUCUAGAUGAUGGCGGCCGGUGCGGCCCUAACCUUGGCUCUGUGGCUACUACUGCUGUCAGUGGAGGUGGGAGGGGCAGGGCCCCCACCGAUCCAGGACGGCGAGUUCACGUUCCUGCUGCCUGCGGGGAGGAAACAGUGUUUCUACCAGUCUGCUCCUGCCAACGCAAGCCUCGAGACCGAGUACCAGGUGAUCGGAGGUGCUGGGCUGGAUGUGGAUUUCACCCUGGAGAGCCCUCAGGGCGUGCUGCUGGUCAGUGAGUCCCGCAAGGCAGAUGGGGUGCACACGAUAGAACCUACGGAGGCUGGGGACUACAAGCUGUGUUUUGACAACUCGUUCAGCACAAUCUCCGAGAAGUUGGUGUUCUUCGAACUCAUCUUUGACAGCCUGCAGGACGAUGAGGAGGUCGAAGGCUGGGCAGAGGUCGUGGAGCCUGAGGAGAUGCUGGAUGUCAAGAUGGAGGACAUCAAGGAGUCUAUUGAGACCAUGAGGACCCGUCUGGAGCGCAGCAUCCAGAUGCUGACACUGCUGCGAGCCUUUGAGGCACGUGACCGCAACCUGCAGGAGGGCAACCUGGAACGGGUCAACUUCUGGUCGGCUGUGAACGUGGCUGUGCUGCUGCUAGUGGCUGUGCUGCAGGUCUGCACACUCAAGCGCUUCUUUCAGGAUAAGCGCCCUGUGCCUACGUAGCCCCUGCCCCGAAGGAAGAACAGGGAAAAGAAGGGACAGCAGGGUGCAUGUGUGUAAGACUUGCGGGGGGUCCCUUCACCAUCUUAGUUCCUAGCGAGGGGAAGCCAUACAUUCUGGGCUUGAGAUGUGGCCCCUGUGUGUCUUCCCUUCUGCACCAGAACACUGGCUGGCUUGCAGGUCUGGGCCAUCCAGAAGGGUGGCUCAGUGGCUGCGUCUGCUUUCCUGGAAAUUGUGCAUGUGGGGUCAGGGAUGGGCACUGCAGCAUUUGGAUGCAGCCCUGGGGUUCCCUGGCCCCACCUCUGUCUCCUGCUGUAAAUGUGCCUUAGCCUCAGCCUCCCAGCUGCACCACCAUUGCCUGGUGCUGGGUGGGGCCCAGGAAGCAAGCUUCCCCUUCCCGUCCCCAUUGGCCCUAUGAGCCAGGUGGUGGUGGUGGGAGGCCUCUUGCUCAUGGGGCCCCUUGCCUUCCAUCCUCUCCUUGUUGCUCCACCUAUGUCCUGUUGCUGCUGCUGAGGGUGUUGCUCAUGCCAGGGGUUGGGAAGGAAACUCAGCUGCAGUGUUCUUGCCAGGACAGUUACUUUAUUAACAGGAAGGAGCCGGCCCCUCGGCCCAGCAUGGGCUAGGUGUGAGGUCCGGUAACAGAAUUCCAGGAGCGGAGCCUCCAAGACCACCUGCCCUUCCUGCUCCCCCUGCAGGGGCCCAAGACAGUUCUGAGGGGUGGCCUGGCCAAAGCCUGCACAGGAGCCUCACAGAACAAAGGGCGGUCUGGCCUGGGGACCGUAGCCAAUAAAUUAUGGUCAGAAAA